UGUCAAACUAUACUUCAUCUUGACGUUUAGAGUUUUUCCGGGGCCGCAAAAUUUACAAUUUCAACUAAAAAAAUUUCGAACAUGUAUGAUUAUCCGACCUUUCAAGGUUCUUUCGAGCAACAAAGAGGCUCGUCUUUUACCAAUCCGAGCCAAAUCCAAAACCAAUGGAACGCCACUCAAAGAGGUCCACCGCCAAAUCCAGCUAAAUUACCUCGAGAAAUCACGGAUGAACUUGCCCAAAGAUUCACGAUGAGACAAAAAGCACUCACAGAAUGUAAAACAGGACCAAGCAUUGAAGUAAUUAAGCGGAAAUUCGAAGUUGAAACUCCGCAACCAAAACCGAAAAGUACACUUCCAAAAGGUACUUCCAGUGUAGUAAGCUUUAAGAAGUCUAGUCAUGGUAUAAAUAACAGUUUGGAGGAGUCUUAUUGGGCACAGUGGAAGCCAACAAGUAGUUCUUUCGCCACAAAUGUCGUUAAAGAGGAAUCUUUUGGUAAAGGCAGAACGCAUUUUACCGUUAAUUCGGUUUCGAAUCGAUGCAACGUGGAUUCUUUAACUUUGUGUGAAGGAAAGAAGUUAAUGGAAGAAAAAUCUCUUAAAGUUAUAAGAAAACCUAUGGUUAUAGUGGAAAGUAAUUCAAGUGAAGGUGAUAAACACAUACAAGGAAAGCUUUUUCUUUGUAAUCCUUGCGAUAAUCCGGUUAACCAAAAUAAUUCCCAAUGUUAUCAAAACUAUCAACAACCUUACCCUACGUUUACAGCAAGCAUGCCAAAUUACCAUAGUAUUUUUUAUUAUGGACCAAGCGAUCACAAUUAUCAUGAAAGAGUGAAACCUUGUAAAAGAAAAGAAUCUAAUAAGCGGUGUGUUAAACCACGAAAUAAUCCCGAUAAUUACCAAAAAGAUAACCAAAUUAAUAAUCAAAGAGAUGAACAUAAGAAGCGCCCAAAAAGCGGGAUUGAGAAGAAAGAAGAAAUAUCUAAAAAGAAAGCAGUAAAGUGUAAAUUGUCCAAAUCAAACGAAGAAAUGUGUAAAAACCAUGUCAGAUUCUGUACAAAAUACCAUGGAGAUCCCAAUGACGACUCAGAAUCUUGUUGUUCACGAAGAGAUUCUACAAGAACUAUUGAAGGUUAUCACGGUGAUGUUGAUACAGAAAGCCAGGUGGACACACGAAAAUAUGAUGAUUGUCAUAGCUACGAAGAUCAAGAGGAUACACAAGAAUCCCAAGAAUUUCAUGAUAACGAAGACUACCCAUGUUAUUGCCACUGUUGCAAUAAAAGUUAUUGGAUGGAUGAUUAUAAUUACUCUCAAAGUGAUAACGUCAGUGAAAACUCUUAUUUAUAUAACCAAUAUAAUUACCAAGUCUGCAGAUACCAAGAAGAAUCUAAUUAUCCUAGCAAUCAUCCUAACAAUCAUCCUAACAAUCACUAUUCAACCAGAGAUAAAAACGAAUCAAAUUCAAGUUUUUACUGCAAUCAAUUUAAAGAUUCUAGUUAUAGUUCUACUUCAAGAAUAACCUCAUCAAAUCCACAGAUUAGAAAGAGGCAGAUAGAAAGGAGUUGUUCAACACAAUCACCUGUUUCAAGAAUAGCUUGCGCUUGUAAUACCGAACCGAAAGUCUGCUCCAACAAAGCUUGCGAAACACUGGAAAAUGCAAUCAAAGAGAAAAAGAUAGGGGAUGAUAUGGUAGGGGGGUUGAAAGUAAUUAAGGAAAAACCAGAAACGCUCCUUGUGAGUAGUUCGAGCAGAUCCGACGAAUAUGAGCAACGACAUGAUGAUGGUUGUAAAUGUUGUAGUGAUGCCCCUUGUAGGCAAAGUUCAACCGGAACGACAACCACUUCGACUCGUCCUUGUAAAUCAUCAUCACCCUCUUCAAAAGACACGCUCGCUGUCGCUGUCGGUUCCAGUAGAGAUAAUAUACAGGACGAAGGGAGUUUUGUUAUGGACGACGGAAUAAACCAUCGGGGCAAAGAGAAAAGAAGAUAUCAAUCAAUACAGAAAUGUUCGCAUCAUUGUGUUUCUUCUGGCACAUCCACCGAACCCGUUUCAAAUGAAACUGCUAAUAUUGCAGUAGAAAGGGGUGUUGUUGAUUCUAGAGAAUGUUUUAAAGAAAAAUCACAGUCAGAAAAACAUGUAAAAGGCGAUGAAUCAAAAAUAACACCUACACCUAGGACACAAUGCAUCAGAAAAGGUACUGAUUCGGAGAACUUUUCAAAAGGAAAAACUUCGGCAGGUGCUACUUUAUAUAAAGCUGAAAAAUGCCAAACUGCAAAUUCUCGUCCAACCUCAGCCACCCAAUCAAGAACUAAUGAAUCUAUUAAACCAGAAUUAGUAAAUGUGAAAUCGGGAAAUAGUUACAACAACAAUUCCAAAUCUGGAUCAACACAAGUUAGUGAUAUUAACAGAAAAAACACUCCUGUUGGUACAACAACAGAUAGAGAUAGUACUUUAGGCGCCCGUCAUUCUAGAUCUAGUAAUUCUCAACAACAAACUGUAAGAUCAAUUAAUAAUCCUAGUAUCGCCACAAACGUUUCUAAUAGAUCACCGUCUUUAAAUAAUCGAGACAAUUCAAGAUCUCCUCGUCUCGAAGCUGUUCAAACAAAUUCUUCAAGACCAGGAUCUGCCGGAGCCCAAUCACGAUUAAAUUCUGGAGCUAGUCCACCUACAUCUAUACGAGGAAGGUCGCCCAAUCCCAGUGGUGCACAACCUAAUAACAAUAACCCAGUAAAUACUCGUCCAGGAGUUAGACCUGCAUCGACUAGUCCGAUCAAUGCAUCGCGUCCUAAUUCGAGUGUUCCUCAUUCUGUGAUUAAUUCACCAGAAAGUUCUAAAAUGGGACCAGUUAAUCGUGAAAUUCAUCCGGAAACACAACAGUUUAUCGCUGACUCGACUCAAACCGGUCUUUCCAACAUUUCUCCCACAAAUAAACUGGGGUCUACUUACACUGUAAUGAAUCAAAGAGGGUAUGUUACUAAUAAUCCAACAAGAACUCCUCCUUCGGCUAAUUCGGGAACAAUUCCAUCAAUUACAAACGAUUCAACUUAUAUGAUGAAUUCCGCUUUACCUGAAAUAAUUUACAGUGGAGAUUUGAAUAGAUCAAUUAGUCGUGGAGGGAAUAUUCCACAUGGAGCAAGUGAUGGCAAAUAUAUCGUAGAAAAACAUAUUCCAAUACAAAAUUCCUACAAUGAGUCGCUUAAUUCUGAAAAUCAAGCUGCUGGAAGACCUCUUUCGGCGUACAUUCCAGGAAUACACACAACAUAUCCCAUUAGUGUGGAAGCAUCUAAAGACCCCAAUUUAAGACAUGCUCCAAAUAAUGAUGGAUUGCGUCACUUUAACCCACACGAGAACCAAGUAGUUUAUUGUGUUGAUACGAAUCAACCAGAUCUUAAGCCACACUUACCCGAAGUCCGAAGGGAUGAUAGACAUUAUAGAGAAUCAUACGGAGUAUUUCCAAGCGAAUCAAAAAACUUAGGAUACGUCACAACGCCAAAAUCAUUGAUUCUCCAACGAAAUUCAAGGUAUAUGCCACUAAAAGGGCAUACGUACACCUUAAAACCUCCAAGUAAUAGUUGUUCUCGAUCUUGGAGAAGCCCGAAAAGAAAACGUUAAAUAAGAAAUAUCGCAAAAAAAUUUAAAUUUGUCUUUAGUUGAUUUAAAAAUAAAGUCACGUGUCUUUUU